AUGCUCUGUCCUCCCUCCCCAUCUCUCCUCCCUUCCUCUCCAUCCUUCCUCCCCAUCGUUUCCCCCGUCUCCUUCCCCUCGUUCCCCCCUCACUCGUUCCCCUCGUUCCCCCCUCUGCUUCCCCUUCGUUUCCCCCUUCCCUUCCCCUCAUUUUUUUGUGCUUCCCUUCCGGUUUCCCCUUCUGCUUUCUUUAUUCCUACCCCCUCAUUGCCCCCUGCUUCCCCUCAUUUUCCCCCAUCUUUCUAUCUCCCUCGUUUCCCUCCCUUCUCCAUUUCUCCCCUGCUUGCCCUCAGUUUCCCCCGGCUUCCACUCCAUCACUCCCCUGCGUUCCCUUACUUCCCUGUUUCCAUUUUCCAUGUCCAGUCCUUCCUCUCGUAUUCCAUUUUCCAGGUCAUACCUCCUGCUCCAGCCGCUCCUGUCAUGCCAUCCUCUCUGCAUCUCCUUCUCAAUGCUUAG